AGUGAGUCAUCUGCGCCAACAAGUGGACGAGUACAUACAGUACCGUGCAGCAACUGCAUUGGCACGUGUUGGGCGUCCGUCUCGCGUCAUGAGGCAAGUGCUGUUCUUGGCCUUGUGCGGCGUGUUAUGGAGGCGGAGCAGCGGGCAGGCCAAGGAGUUCAUCGACACCAUGGAACACGACAUACAGCCCGUCACGGGACAAACAUUCGACGGCGUGAGCUGACAGCACACAGAGAAAGACCGAAUCUGGCCACUGCUCCGCCUGCCUGCCUUUGUGCAAAGAUGAGGGAGGGUAGCGACGCUUGAGAAGCACUCUUUCAUGUGCUUUCGCUUUGUGUGCGUGUGUGUGUCAGGCGAUUCGGAAGUUUCGUGACAGGAAGGUGUCGGCCGUGCUUUUCUACACCAAGAACAACGAGUGCAAGAAAUUCAUCGACGGGCCUUACAAUGAGCUGGCCAAAGAGCUGAAAGGUCAGCACAUGCACCUACCUCACCUGCGCACACACGCAAACAUGGCAGGCAGAUCAGAUGGAUCAUCCUGUCUGUCUGUGUGCUCAUCAUUGUAGGGAUGAUCAAGAUAGCAGCGGUUGACUGCGACGACUGGCCGGUGCUGUGCAAGGACAGCAAUGUGGACAAGCACCCCACAGUGGUCGUCUACCCGCCAAACCCCAUACCAGCAUACCCCUACACGGUCAGUCAGUCAGAUGGAUGCACACACAACACAACAAACACCACACACCAAGACAGCGGAUGGACACUUUGUGUGCGUGUUGGUGUGUGAACGAUAUAUCGGUCCAUCAGGGCUCGUUGACCAAGAAGGAUUUGGCGGGGCACCUGACGCGUCACAUCCCCAGUAAUGUGGUGGUGAUCGAGCCGGCCAAGAUGGACGAGUUCCUCACCACCCACAUUGCCGUCCCCAAGGUGCUCCUCUUCUCCAACAAACAGAAGCCGCCAGUGCUCUUCAACGCGCUGUCAAACGAAUUCAAGGCAAGCAUGAACAUGAGCAUGCGCCCGAUUUGAUUGACACACGGACACACUCGGACGUGCCGAUCAGGACAAGUUGGACUUCGGGUUCAUCAGUCAAGAGCACACGGAGCUGGUCAAGAAGUUCAAAGUGACGACCUUCCCCAAGCUGCUGGUCAAGCGUGUGGACAAGAAGGACGAGCACUACAAGGGCGACAUGAAAUUCACGCCCAUGUUCGAGUGGCUCAACGUCUUCUCAGAGACGUUCGUCAAGGGCGGCGGCUUCGCCGACCAUGGGCCGGCCGGAGAGGCGGGCGCCGCGGGCGGAGCUGACGCCAAACCAUGGUAUGUAUGUAUGGAUGCGUGAGUGGAUGGACCGAUGGAUGUCGGGAGGGAAGCGUGUGGCUGGUGUGUGGUGGAUGGGAUGCAGGCUGGUUCAGAGCAUCCCCGAGCUCACCAAGGCGUCGCAACACGAUGUCUGCUUCAAGGUGAGGUCACGACAGUCACCGGAGGGAUACAAAACAAACACCAACACGAAAACGAGUUGAAGUGCUUGUGGCUGUGCUGUGCUGUGCUGUGUGUGUCAUGUAUGUAUUACAUAUGCAUGCAGCAAAAGGGUCUGUGUGUGAUAUAUCUGAAGAGGGGCGACACGUUGGCGGCCGACGAGGAGAAGAUGCUCGAAGACCUCAAGGCCAAAUUCGUCUCACACUUGGCUGACAGGUGAGUGAGGUGAAUGCCCUGCCCACUAUAGAUGACUUAGCCAAUCCAAUGAGCAUCUAUCUCCUGUCUGUCUGUCUGUGUGAUGUGAAGGGGUGUGACGUUUUAUUGGAUGUGGAUGAACAUGGACGUCGAAAAAGAGUUCCACACGGUGAGCGCUUUUCCCUACCCCCAACACCCCACACCACACCCCACACACACCAUCUCCUUCAUGGAUGGAUGGCCUUUCUGGUCUGCCCCUCUCUCUGUGUGUGCGUGUGCAGUUGUUUGAGGUAGAGAAGUAUCCUUCAGUGGUGGUCUUCAACAACAAGAAGGACCGGAAAAGGUUCACCAAAAUGGGAGACGACAAGGCAAGAAAAAACGACACUCACACACCUCUUUCUUCUCGAUCCACGAGACGAGCAACGUCCAUAGUGCGUGUCCGUCGUGGUGUGUGUUGCAUUGCGUUGCAUUGCAGGAUGCGACAUCGGAUAACAUCAAGGAUCUGCUCGACAAGAUCCUGGGCGGCGAUGCACGCUUCAAGAACGUCCCGGACAUGCCCAAAUGGGCCGGUACGCAUGGAUGCAUACGUGUGCUGUGCGAGCGGCCAGCCAGCACCUGGAAAGGGGUGCGUACGAUUGGCUAUGCAUGCAUGUGUGUGUGUGUGUGUGUGCAGACCGAGCGCAGAAGAAGGAGAAGGACGAGCUGUGAGCGAAUCAGUCCAUGCGAUGCGC